AUGCACAAGUUUUUAGUUCAGCUCCACGCCACUCAUGGUCACGUGGCAACGUUCUGGUUCGGGAAGACACAUUGUGUAAGCAUCGCAUCACCGGAAGCGUGGAAAGACACAGUUAAACUGUUUGACAGGCCAGUCGGAUUUUUCGAGUUCGUCAAACCUCUUUUUGGUGAGAAUAGCAUCCAGUUUGCAAAUGGAAAUUAUGGGAAACAGCGACGUAAACUUCACGAUGCUUCAUUUACACAUCAGGCUGUGAAAAGCUACUAUCCAGUUUUCCAAGAGAAAACUGAAAUUUUUAUUAGAAAGAUAAUGGCACUGCCUCCUGAAGAACACAUCCCAUUGUCGGAAUAUGUCUCUGUAUUCGUGAUGAAAUCAUUAAUGUCGGCAUUAUUUGGGCAGAAUGUAGAAAAUGACGAACAGACUGUAACUAUGUUACGCCAUUACGAAACCGUAAUGCUAGUACUGAACAAGAAGAUGUCAGCAAAUACUGAAAAGAAAAACACAUUUCAUAUAGCGUUAAAUGCAUGGCAUGAGUUCAUUAGGAAGAUUAUCCUAAAACGACGCAACGAACCAUCGGAUGAAAUGAGAGAACGUUUUUAG